GUACGGUAGUUAGUGUAUACACACUGAUAUAACAGCGUGCAUCUAGAUAGUGAUUUUAUUCAAGCAUACGACAUUGGUUCCUGCAGUUAUAGUUAUAUGAUAUGAUCAAUUUACACGACACGCGAUAAGCACACGCACACGAUUAAAAAAUUAUGGCGGCAUCCAGUAUAAAUAAUGAAAUCAGAAUGGUUAUGGUCGGUAAAACGGGAGUGGGAAAAAGUGCGUUGGGGAACAGCUUGCUUCGAAGACAUCACUUUGAAUCAAGCACUAUUGGAAUGUCCGUCACGUCUAAAUGUAAAUUUGCGCAAGGUAAUCUUCGUGAUGGUACCAAGAUCUGCAUCGUCGAUACACCAGGGAUUUUCGACACCAGAAAGAGUAACGAGGAAACCACUAUGGAAAUAGUCCGGUGCAUCGGCCUGUCUUCACCCGGUCCCCACACCUUUCUCUUUGUCCUCAGCAUCAGCCGAUUCACCAAGGAGGAGUUGGAUACCGUAAAUCAUCUGGUAGCUGUCUUUGGAGAGGAUGUCAUCAACCAUGUUGUAAUCGUCUUCACUGGUAAAGAAUCUCUGACGUUCGAGAAGCUAACAUUGGCCGAUUAUCUGAAGAGAGUUCCACCGGAGCUCAGCGAAUUAGUUCAACGAUGUCGUUCACGCUGCGUCACCAUAAAUAAUCGUGCAGAUGACGCCGAAGUUCAAGCAGAUGUUGAUGGAAUUAUUAAUAUGGUGAGGAGAACUAUUCAUGAAAAUGGCGGAUCUUACUAUACGGGAGAGAUGUACAGAGCGGCAGAGGAGGCACUCAACGAAAAAAUGAGGUUAAUCGACGAGGAAAAACAUAGAAGGGAAAGAGAACUCCAAAAGAGACACGAAGAACUUGAACAACGGGAGAGAGAAAUCGAAGAAUCUGCUUCCAGGCGAACACAAGAGCAUGAGAACGAGAAGAGGAGACUAGAGGCUGAGUUACAAGCACUGAGGAAUUCUGAUACUCGUCAACAGGUGCGUGAAGAGGUCGAGUCGUCGCCGAAAGAUGGGAUUCUUAAAACUAUACUCAAGACUGUUGGUACUGUACUUGUUGGCGUUCUUUCUGGUAUUGCAACAAAGCGCUGUACUAUAAGUUAAAGUGACGGUGCGUCAUUUGGAUUUAUCUCUAGAAUAUGAAAUUUCCCAGGAAAAUGCUAAUUGUAGGCCGGUUGCGGAGGUUCGGAUGUUUCCGGAGUCCAAAAUGACCGCUUUAUAUAAAUGAGAAUUCUGGGGAAUACUAAACCGAACCCUAAACCUAACCCUUUUUAGAAGACUGAAAUCGGAUCCAAUUUACCUAUAACCCCUCUUAAAAGUUUUAGGGUUAGGGUUCGGGUUAGAAUUUCCCAAAAUACUCAUUUAUAUAAAGCGGCCAUUUUGGCCUUCAAUUAGCAUCUCCCAAUUUCCCACGGUUUAAAGAUGCAUAAUUUAAGAUUUAGAUAUUAGUUAAAACAAUACAAUAGAUAAUGGAAAGGGAAUAUAUUGACAAUUUCAUUCUGUGCAAUGUUGUAAUGGCCGUUUGAAGAACAGUGUAGUCCCGAGUGUCAUUAUUACCGUUGUUACAAUAAAAAAACAAAGUCUUGAUUAUCCAUUUUUUUAAAUUAAAUUAUUAACUGGCAAUCGUGUUUAAAUUCGUUGAAAAUCAAAACCAUCGGAUGAUCUAGAAAGUUGAUUAUGGGCUUAGCAUGUGAAUAGAUUUCUAAUUAGUGUUUUAAUAUAAUGCUUGAGGCCUAACAGAAGAUCUGCCUUAGGUAGAUUUAGCCAUUACAUGAUGUAUGAGUUUGGACUAUGGUGCACAAGUAGGUAAAUGCGAACCUGUCCAGAUAUGAAUCAAGGUUUAUAUUCAGAUAUCAAUCAUACUUUAGCUGUACGUUUUUUAAAUAAAAUAUAAUGGAUGCCACUCAAA